AUGGACAAUACCAAGAUGAAUGAUAAUGGAUUAAUUGACAUUAAUGAAGAGGAUAUGGACAGUAGAGAGAAGCCCAAGGUUACUUACAUUUGUGGAGGAUGUGGAAAGGACAAUAAACUCGAUAAAGAUUCAGUGAUCAGAUGCACUCAUUGCGGACACAGGAUCUUUUACAAGAAAAGAGAGAGAAAGCUUCUUCAAUAUGAAGCUAGAUGA